AUGGACGGGGGCCUGCCGAGCUAUGAUGAGUACCCGCAUCCCGUCUAUGGCGUCAUCGGCUUCGUGGGCGAGGCCUUUAUGUAUGGCGCGGCGGGCGGCUCCGCCUUCCACUUCGUCAGGGGCCUCCGCAGCUCGCCCAGCGGCGGCCGCCUCGCCGGCGCCGUCAGCGCCGCCCGCGCCAACGCGCCUCGGUUGGCGGGCAAAUUCGGCGCUUACUGCGCCGUAUUCUCCGCCUUCGAGAGCGCCGUGUCUCUCGCGCGCCGGAGGGAGGACACCUGGAGCUCCGCCGUCGCAGCCGCCGCCACCUGCGGCCUACAUGGUAUGCGCCGGGGCGGCGCCCUCGCCGCUGCGCGCUGCGCGCUCCUCGGCGCCACAGGCCUCGUGGUUCUCACGGGAAUCGAUCGUGCCAUUAUGGUGUCACAAAGCCGCUCUAACGCCCUCCUCCGCCAAAAGCGGAUCGAUCGCCCGUUGGCCAUCUCCCCAAGCCGGACGGCUCCUGGGGAUCGCGCUACCGGUCCCCAUUGUGGUUGA